AUGAGUUAUCAACAUAUGCUAUCUAAUCUUAGCAAAGUUGAAGUUAAAGCUUCCGAAAAAUCUUUAACGAAAAGUCUUGAAUCUAAGCUCUGUGAUCUUAAUGAUGCUAUGGAAAAAAUAAUCCAUAUACCUACAAUAGUUUCUAACAUUAUUAAUUUUCUAAGUUUUAAAAUGAUUAGGUUUAAUUCAGGGGAUAUUUGGGUUGAGAGCGAGUGUGAUGAUAUUGUUGACCAAAUUGAAAGGCUGUAUUGCUUUGGUGGAGGAGGCAGGACAGUUUCAGUCAAUAAAUUAACGAUCUUAGUUGAAGAUCAAGAUAUUAUGACAAAUUUAGAAGAAAAAGAAUUUAUUGAGAUUAAAGAAAUUUUAGAAAAUUUGGAUCAAGAAUAUGGAGAAUUAAGAGGUUUUGGGACUAUUUCUAAAUCAAUAUGGAUUGACGGAUUUAUUAAACAGUGGGAUAUUGAAAAUGAAAUAUGGAUUCGAGAUCCAGAUACUCAUGUAGUCUUAAAAG